GUAUUUUUGUUUUUUGUGUAUAUUACUAUUGCAGUUUUUGUAAGAAGAUUUGUUGGAUUUGAUAUAGUUUUCCUAAAAAUAUUGCAAUUACAAUGGCACAAGUAACAUUUUUAGAUAAAUUACUUCAUGAAUAUUUGGUAUUUCGUGGAUUUUCAAAUACUAUAAAAGCUUUAGAUCAUGAACAAAGAAAUGAAAAGGAUCAAUCUUUUCGGGCCGAAAAAAUAAUGGAACAAUUUAAUCAACAUAUUCAAACACACGAUUUGCAGGCGUUAUUAACCUUAUGGAAACAUUUGGACACACAUUUGUUUAGUAAACUAGAACAUACUUAUGCUAUGGCGGUUAAAAAGUUGGAAAAUAGCUUAUUGAAACUUUAUUUAGUCACGGCCUAUAACCAUAAUAAAACAGACAAAAUAUCAGAAUUCUUUUCAAAACUGGCAGGAGAAUUGCAGCAACAAAGCGAAUGGAAAGACUGGUUUUAUUUCCCUUUCUGUCGAAAUGCUGAGGAAUCGCCUACUUUUUCACUAUACUUUAGCAAACAGUGGCAAGACACUUUACAGUUGUCUUUACGCAAUUUCCUGGCCACAAUCUAUCAGUGUCUGCCGCAACCCACUUUCGUUAGAGUGGAACAGGAAGCUGCUCUUAUAAGACGUUUACAAGAAGAGAAUGCCUUGCUUAAGUCACGACUUCAGCAAACUCUACAACAACAGCAACAGCUGUCGGCCUCAGUAAGUUCACAGAAUUUGACUACGACUUCAGGCACUUCUAUGGGUGAUCAUGCUGCUGCUGCAAAACGUCGUUCAUCGUGUCGUCCUCAACAGAGUUUAAGUGAUAUUUUACCAUUUGAUAUUAGUCCUCCCGGUCAUGUGGUCGAUGAUUUUUGUAUAAUUGCCACUGAAGUGAAUAGCGUAUCGCAGGCAAGUGAUGCUCAAUCAAGAGGUUUAAAAAUGCUUAUACGUAAUAUUGGCAGUGGAGGUUCUCCGGUCAUGGGUCGUAAAGAUAACGUCGCUGACAAAUCGUCGAAACGUCGUUCGGGUAGUGUUGGAAGAAAUUGGAUGUAAUAUGUCUAUUUAUUAUUAUAUAACUCGUAUCAAUCAUUCCCAAAAUAGUAAAUUGUUGUCACCACUUAACCACCAAGAUGUCAGCAUUUCAUGAACAAAGUUUUGUUUACGACUUUAAAAUAGAUCAGUUUUAUAACUACUUCAAAAUUGUUGGUGAAAUAGUUUGGAAUUUUAUAUUACAUAUUUUUGACCGUUGCUUAAAUGGUGGUGUCAAAAUCUUUACUAAAUAGUUGUCAAUCUUUUAUUUAUAUUUCUAAACAUAUUAUAUUCUUUUUAUGUAUGUAGUUAUUAAGAUUUUAUUUAAUUUAUAAACCAAUAUUUUUAAACAAUCUAAA